AUGGCCCCGUCAACAAGCAACGCGCCUUCACUGCUUCUCCUCCCCGCUCCACCAUUCCCCCUCGAUCCUCGGUCUCUCAGCGCAGCCUACCGAGCCCCUCUCACAGCCGUUCUCAAACGCCUCGGCAGCAGCAGCAGCAGCGCCAACAACGACAACGACGAUGGCAGCCAUGUCCUCGUCAUUGCCGUCGCCUGUCCCAUCCUCGCCGGGCCCUCACCAAGAAGCAAAUCCCUAAACUGGAAGGCCGCACAGUCUCUCCUCGCCCGCACAUACACCCUCAUCUCAGUCAUUUGCAACGAGCUCUCCAUCAACACGUCCGGAGAGCCGAGCACCACCAGCGCCAGCGUCGAUCCCCGCGUCGUGCUCAUCGACCAUGAGCGACGGAGGACCUACCACCGCAACUACGACGGCGAGUACGAGGCAAACUGCACGUCCGUGCUGGAUCUGGCGGCCUUUGCCUCGACGGUGUAUCCCUGGAGGACCGUCUUCCAUCCCAGCGCCGAGUCGGGCUAUGAGCUCCUCAACGCAUUCCUGGAAUACUCACAGGGGAAGCAGACAUUUCUCCAAAACCAGCUAGUUGCCGUCGAAGGCGGCAUCACACUGUCCAUCAGCGAGAGCACCACCACCCUCGCAGCCCAGGCCGAUUUCAUAAACGGCCACGACGUCGUCUGUCUAGGAGGCACAUUCGACCACCUCCACCCGGGCCACAAGCUUCUCCUCCACGCCACCGUCCUGCUCAUGAAGAUCCCCGACAAGACCUCUUCCUCCUCCGGGAAGCAGGCCGUCCUCGUCGUCGGCAUUUCCGGCGACGAGCUGCUGACGAAGAAGAAGUACGCCGAGGUGCUUCAGCCGUGGGACGUGCGCGCAAACAACGUCCUCCAGUUCCUCUCCACAAUCUUCAACUCGGCGUCUUCGUCCAACACGAAUUCGCUCCCGCCCACGUCGUCCCCAUCGCGGGAUGAGCUGCAUGCGACGUUUCGUGAUGGCGCAGUGCUUGUUCGAUGCGUAAACAUCCAUGAUCCCUUUGGCCCAACCAUUACGGAAGAGGUCAUGGAUGUUAUUGUGGUGUCUGGUGAGACACGCAGUGGUGGUCAGGCGAUUAACGACAAGAGGACCGAGAGAGGGUGGAAGCCAUUAGAUGUAUUUGAGAUCGACGUACUUGACCCCAAUGAUAUCUCGGAGGAGAGCAACAGUGACCCAAACAGUGGUUUUGCCUCGAAGAUUAGCAGCACAGAAAUACGGCAGCGGAUAGCUCAAGCACGGAAUGGUUUACAGUAG